CCGCGGCCGCCCCGGUCGAUUCGCGGCCAUGCUCCCAGCCACCCAGACCAACCUAUCAGAACACCAUGGCAGACGAGAUACCAGAUACGGGUGCGGUAUUUACAUUCGGCAAGUCGCACUUCGCCGACAACGAACCCAGCCACUUCUUCAUCAAAAACGACCCUGUCGUUGCCAUCUCCUGUGGCGACGAGCACAGCGCUGUUAUUUGCCAGAAUGGUCGAGUGUUCGUGUUCGGCGGGAACGCGUGGGGCCAACUUGGCCUGGGCCACAAAGACGAGGUGACGAGGCCCAGCUGCGUUAAGUGGCUAAAACCGCAGCGAGGCAUGUUCGUUGCUUGUGGAAGAGCACAUACCGUCUUUGUUACAGAGAAUAACGCAAUCUACACUGUAGGCUGCAAUGAUGAGGGUCAAUUGGGAACCGGCGAUAUGGAACAUCACACAAUACCCCAAAGCGUUGAGCUGGAGGGAGAACACGUGAUUGUUAUCAAACAAGUCUCAGCCGGGAGCAACCAUACUGCUAUACUAACUGCUGAAGGGAGAGUAUUCGUCUGCGGCUCAAAUUCUGAAGGACAACUAGGGCUUGGAGAAGACGUAAGGUCUAGUGUCAAAUUCACUGAACUUAAGUUUAUGGAGAAAAUAGCUUUCGUCGAAUGCGGAUAUUACCACACAGUUUUCAUUACGGCACAAGGAGCAGUAUUCGUUACCGGUGACAAUGAUAACCAAAACCUUGGCAUUGAAAACACUGCAACUACUGUAUUUGUUCCUAAAGUCUUGCCAAUAAAUGUACCAAUAAAAAGUGCCUGCUGCGGCGCAAAUCAUACGUUCAUUCUCACUAUGGAUGAAUCGAAGAUUCUGGCUUUUGGUUCCAAUGAAAAAGGACAACUUGGAAUGCCCAAAGAUGUUCAGCAUGUAACAGAACCAACGGAGAUAAAUAUGGAAAAGAUGUUUAAUGGUUUCCAAUUGAAGCUAGUGGCUUGCGGUGCCAUGCACACGGCGUUUGUUACAGACAACGGGCUGCUGUACACCUGUGGCGAGUCGAGGCACAACAAACUGUGUUUGGAGGAAAUCGACGACGCCGACAACUCUAACGAGGCAGUACCCAAUCAAUACUCGCCUAAGCGGGUCAUCGCUAUGAAUGGCUUCGUCGUCGACAAUGUAGCCUGCGGCGGCUGUCACACUUUACUUACGGCGACCAAGGGAUCCAACGCAGACUUCACGAACAACGACUUCAGUAUUGUCAAUGAAGAAAAUAGACAUAUUUCAUUAACUGAACUACCUCCGCUACAGAAAAUUCCAGCCAUGAACAAAACAAAGGAACACGCGACGGUCGAAGACGUUGUGAACUCCAACGUAGCCGAAACUUUGAAUACGGAUAAUGUGAAUGGAAACGUGAACGACGAAACCGAAUCGAUAGACUCUUUGGAGGCUAACGUCAGCGGCUCGCACAUUGUAAACAUUAAUGACCUUGAAGCCGAAAACGGGAGCAUUCACGGCGUCACCGAUAUAAAUAAAGAUGAAACAAUCCCGUCUGCACCGAUAGAAGCAGAGGUGAUGAACGCCAUCCAAAUAAUGGACAAUGUCGUUAAAGAUGCUGAAUUAAAGAUUGAAGAAACGGUACAAGAUGUUAAAGACAAGGUCACGGAAAAAGUUGAAGUUGUUGAAGAGACAUUAGAGAAGACAGCGGCAAAAUUAGAUCCCGGACAUUUAUGCGACGAAAGAAAAGGUCUAGGAGUGCCGGACAAGCUUUCAGAGAUAGCUAAUUCACCGCCUCCUAAGACGCCCAUACUGCAAGAACUGCUGCACGUCCCAAAUAUUACAGAAAUAAGUCCGGAAAUGAGUAAACAUAGUGACGAUGGCCAAAAAAGUGAAAAUGGGCAAUCAGAAAAUGAAACCAUUCCUUGCGGCUCAGAUAAAUCUAGCCCGCAAGCCAAAACUAAAAUGCAAGCUGUGAUGCCUAUUGUUCGAAGUGAGGAUGGCAUCGAUGCACAAAAUGAACCUGAACACACUGAAGAUGUUGAUGUGGUGGUUAAUAAAUUAGAAGAGAAAGGACGGUUUGCGCGAAUUUUCCAAUCUAUUAGGGAUAAAGAAAAUUCUUGUAUGGGGAAGGGAAAAGUGAUUGAGGAACAAGUUGUAGAAACCGUUCACAAAGGUAUCGAUCAAACCGAAGAGACUAUCCAUAAAGUAGAAGAAACUGUUGAGUCACAAAUUCGAAACCAAACAAACUCUCGAACUUGCACUAUAUUAUAAGUAAUUUCGUCUUCUCAAUGUUAGCUUUAUAAAUAAAAUUUCUAUCAUUAAGUAUUAUAAUCAGUUUUUCUUUUCUAGCUUACGUACUAAUAAGUCCAACAAAGAAUUUAAAUCACAAUCUUCAU